AGUUUUCUCCGUCAGUUUAUUCUGUCAGACUUUCUUCCAUCAUGCCUGAACCGGCUAAAUCUGCUCCUGCUCCCAAGAAGGGGUCUAAGAAGGCAGUAACCAAGGCGCAGAAAAAAGACGGCAAGAAGCGUAAGCGCAGCCGCAAGGAGAGCUACUCCGUGUACGUGUACAAGGUGCUGAAGCAGGUCCACCCGGACACUGGAAUCUCCUCCAAGGCCAUGGGCAUCAUGAACUCCUUCGUGAACGAUAUAUUUGAGCGCAUCGCAGGCGAGGCAUCGCGUCUGGCGCAUUAUAACAAGCGCUCGACCAUCACAUCCAGGGAGAUCCAGACCGCCGUGCGCCUUCUGUUGCCUGGGGAGCUGGCCAAGCACGCCGUGUCCGAGGGCACCAAGGCUGUCACCAAAUACACCAGCUCUAAGUAAAUGUUUCUAGGAGCUGUCAAACCCAAAGGCUCUUUUCAGAGCCACUCACAUUUUCCCAAAGGGCUCUAAUACUGGAUAUUGUCUUAAUCUCUAGGAGAAAAGUAAUGCUGAACUUCAAAGUUG